GAUGUUUAGAAGGUGAUGUUGUUGUGCAACAAUGUACUACUACUAGAAUGGCAACGAUCCUUUUUAAAUUGCGGAAGACCUGGAAAGGUCACUGAUUUCAUAUUUACAUUUCAGUUCUUUUCUAUUUUGAAAAUUUGCAUCUUAUUAAAAAUGAUGACUCAUUCUCAAGAUGAGCGAUCAAGUGAACAACCUAUGUUUGAUUAUACAGCAGAAAGUAGCAUUCAGAAGUUAGCUCGGAAAUCAAAAGAUAAUCCCUUAAUGGUUAUAGGACUCACAGGCUGCUUCUUUGUUGCUACCUAUGGAAUCUACAAGUUCAGACAUCGUGGAAAAUUAUCAGCUUCUAAUUAUUUAAUGCAGCUGAGAGUAAUGGCACAAGGAACAGUUAUAGGUUGCUUGACACUUGGUAUAAUGAAGUCAAUAUAUGAUAAAGUAGCAUCUAAAAAAUCAGAGUGAUGCUUAUUUAUUAUAUUGAGAUACAAUAAUUUAUGAUGUAAUAAAUCAGCUUUCCCCAAUCAAUAUUUCAUUAGUAAUUAUAUGUAUAUGUAGAAUUUCCUAAGUGCAUUUUGCUCUUUUUUGGAUUGAGUGAAACGGAUACUGAAAGAAACUGAGAGCAGAUCAGAUGUUUGAAAUAUGUAAUAUAUGCACAUAGAUAUGUACAGAUUUAUUAAUAUGUACUGUAUUAAAGUGAUUUUUUUAAA